AGGCAUAGCGAAGGCAAUGUGUGGUGUUGUUGUGAUAUUAACAAUUUAAGUUUCUUUCGACAAUUAUUAGAUAAACCAUGACGAUAUUUCACGACGAAAUAGAAAUAGAAGACUUUGAGUAUGAUGAGGACGAUGAUAUGUAUUAUUAUCCUUGUCCAUGUGGAGAUAGAUUCCAAAUCAGUAAGGAGGAAUUAAUGGCGGGAGAAGAAGUAGCAACAUGUCCAAGUUGUUCUCUUGUUGUCAAAGUUAUAUACGAUUUGGAGAAAUUCAAAGCAGAGGAAGAGGAACUACACAAGGCCGAUGGAGACAAGGAAGCAGUGAAGGCAUAACCUGACUGAAAGUCAUACUGUGUUGAGAAUGAAAUUCUACACUGCUAGCCCUUGAUUGGGGCUUCAAGAAACACUUCUUGAUGGACAGUGGUUCAGUGAUGUUUUGUGAUACUCUUAAUAAAAUAAUAUUGUGAAUAAAUUUGCUUUAAACAAUG